AUGGGAGGGGAGACUGUAGUUGGUACGAGGCUGCAUUGGCACAGCCACUCGCAGAGCGACCGCAUCGAUGUCGACAAGGUGCUGGGCCAAGUGCGCACCUUUUGCGCUCGCGCAGCCACGUACUCGGAUGGCGGGAUUCUUAUUGCGGUGGGGCUGCCCGAAGCGAUUGCCGACUCUAUCACAGCCGCUCAUGGAGAGGCACCCUCAUCAAACGCCUUUAUCGAGUCUGUGCGCGAGUUCAUGACCAAAUUGCAGAGCGAGGUGACUGCUGGAACCCUCGUCGGCAAAGUGGAGAUUAUCCCGAUGCUUCAUUGGGGCAAGUUUGUUCCAGCCCUGAACGCAUUGGUUGGAAUGGCUGCCGACCACUUUCCCGCGGCCGACACUCUGAUUCUGCAGUCACUGGAGAUUGACGUUAAUGCAGCUAGUGUGACUUCCCUACGCUCGCACUUUGAUAUCGAACGUGACCUUGUGGUGGGCGCGAUGCUGCCUGGCCAUGACUUCCAGCCCGAUCCGUCGAGUCAACCAGUCGAGCUGAGUGGCUUAACGUCGCCGUGGAACACGCUUGCACUCUGGAAUCUGGAACAACUGACGAAGGUGGGAUUUGCACUCAUGGGGGAUGCAUUGCGUCUCGAGGUCGACGGGAUUGGGUCGGCCGCUGGCAUCGAAGAAGUCGCCACAAUCGCCAUGUAUCAACAGCUUUACUCCAACGGGACGUCACCUACGACAGCCAAGCUGGUGCGCGUACCCAGCAUCGCGUGGCAAGUGGACGGAUUGCAAGACCCCAAACGUCUCGAGUGGCAUAAGAAGAAAAUGGCUAGUAAGCAGCAGCGCGCAGCUGCGCAACUUGCUCACUUCGGUGGUGUGGCCUCCGGCUGCGUGUAUCACUUGGAGGCGUGA